GAGACGGGUUAGCUAGUUCCGGUAAGCAGGUUCGGUUGACGCCAAGCUCGGAGGACGUUUCUGGAAGAAGCAGGGAAAUAAAAGAGUGCGCGCGGGCGCAGAGGGGGAAGUUUGUCGCGGAUUGAUAUUGAUAGGCGAGCUGCGGUUAUUUAGAGUUUCUCCAUUCACAGAUAAAGCAUGCCUUUGGGCCAUCGCCCAACCGUCCACAACCUGAUCCAACGGAUUCAAUCAGCUCCCCAGUCAUGAGCACAAAAAGUGAAGAAGCUAAUACGGUGAAGAGGAGGAAGGACAACCUAAAUUGGGGAAAAAAGGAUAAAAUGACUAGUUCUUCAGAGAAACCACAAGAGGGCAAUAGCUUUGAGAUUCGUUAUCUCAAAGGUGAUUUGUUCUCAUGCCCAGAGAAGGAUGCACUGGCACAUUGUAUCAGUGAAGAUUGUGAAAUGGAGGCAGGCAUAGCAGUCUUGUUCAAGAAGAAAUAUGGAUGCGUUGAUGAGCUGCGGAAUCAGAAAAAGAAGAUUGGGGAGGCAGCAGUGCUGCAGAAAGAUCAGCGAUACAUUUACUAUUUGAUCACUAAAAAGGUGGCAUCUGAUAAACCAACUUAUGAUGAUCUGCAGAGCAGCCUCAAGGCCAUGAAGAACCAUUGCCUGAGUAAUGGAGUCCUCCAAAUAUCAAUGCCCAAGAUCGGAUGUGGACUGGACAACCUGGAGUGGGACAAGGUUUCUGCAAUAAUUCAAGAGGUUUUUAAGAAUACAAAAAUCAUAAUCACUGUGUACUCUUUGUGAGAAUACCCAUUUAUUACUGUGUACAGUUCAAAAUAAAUAUUCCACAAUAUUAAUCUGAGUUGGCGGUGACAGAUGGAAAUGACUUGAUGACUUUUAUACUUCGGUUAAAUGUUUGAUUUCCAUGAAUUACUGAUGAAUAAAUGUUUUUGUUUGUUCA